GGAGAAUAUCAUCAUGUCUCUCGAUCAGAAACGUCUCAGUGUCGACAAUGCAAACAAGCGGGAUCAACUAUCGCGAGAAGAGUGGAUGGAGCUUAAGCCGACGAUCUGGCGGCUCUUUAUCCAAGAGGAUAGAAAGUUGCAGCAUGUGGUUGAUUUGCUUCGGAAGCAGGGCUUCGCUCUCACUAAGAGACAAGUCAAUCGAAAAUUGAAACAAUGGAACUUCAGAAAGAACACAAGCGCGGAGGAGAGAACGGCCUUUCUCCAAAACAUAUCUGCACCUCCAGAUGAAUCGCUCCGUACAAUAACCGGUAUCAAAGUUACAGCUGCCAAGAUUGAGCGCUGGAAGAGGAGAGCUACGAAGCAGACAGAUCUAAGACAUAGUAGCAGCCACUCGAAUCAAGCAUCAGGCACAUUCAACAAUGACUCCACCCUGCCAGCCGAGAUGUCUCACUCUCAGCCCCCAGAACCGCCUACCUUUGGGGAAGACACUCUAGUAGCAGAUGUCUUGCUCCGAAGCCUUGAAAACAAUACCAAUCCGUACCCAUUCUCCUCCGAUUCAGUAGAUCCGGGCCCUGCCUUAUUAUCCAGUCUCUUUUCAGUCCUGUCUAUUGAACCUCCGGCUGACGUGCAUUCCUACGCCAUGCAUUUCCCGACACCCGAGGCUGCAGAUUAUGCCCUACCUCACUAUAUAUCAUCGGACCAAUAUAACGACCUGUCUAGCAGUCCCAACAACGAAACAGGCCAGGAAAUAGUGUUGCGUCAACCUGACCGCCAAAUGUUGAACAUUGCUGCUUUGCAAUCUGCUUCAGCGACACCUUUCAACAAAAUCUGUUGGUAUUCAUCAUUUGAGCCGAGCAGAUUGGCUUCACAACACACUCAAAAACUCCCACGCUUGACGCAGGUAGCCGUCGCCAAUUACGAUAUUCUUGAGCUCAAAGAAAGAUUGUCGAAGCUCCAAGGACUGUUCACCGAGACGCAUCCCGCUAUGCUCGCAAUUUUGCGGGGUAUUGCAUCUGCGUUCGUGGGGUUGAGUAAUUGGAAACUUGCAGAAUACUGGUUGAGACGAGUCAUUACAAUCAGCCAAAGGACAAAAGAGGACUAUUCUUCCAACAGCCUCUUUGAUUACCAACAGCUAAUAAGAGUGAUUCUUUUCCGAGGAAGACACAAUGAAGCAAAAGAGUUGUACGAGCAGUUGCAUCAUGAUACCAGGCGAAACGCUUCUCUAAUUGCAGGUGAUUCUCUAGCAUAUGAAUCUCUGAUCACGCAGACCAGAAUAGCACAGGCAAUGGGUUCUGACGAGGAGGUGGCGGACUAUUCUCAUCAACUGGUACAGUUGAAUUUAACCACUGUUGGUCCUUAUGAUAGGGACUCGCUGCAAGCCAUGAACUGGGCCGCUGAGAGUUUAAUAGCUCGGGGUAAUUUUGAUGAAUCUAUAAGAAUUCUCUGCCUGAUGCUGCAGCUUCAAGAACGAUGCAAGCAGGCAUCUAACUUAGGAAUAUGUAUCGGAUUCAGAAACCUCGCAUUAGCACUACUGGGGCAAAAACACUACAAAGAAAGUGUGGCAAUUGCACGACGGUCGGUGGAACUGGCCGAGGAGCUUAUAGGAAGUGAACACUGCACCACGCGGCACAAUGAGUUGGUAUUGGCUAGAUGUCUUCGUGGACUUGGGUUGAGCUCAGAAAGUGAAGUUGUGUACAGAGACAUUUUGGCGAAAGCAAGCAUGUUUGGCCAAGACGAGGAAUUGUUCGCCAUUUUCGCAAUGACUGAGCUUGGGGAUGUUAUUAUGGAGUCCAAUAUUUACGAGGAGGCAAAUUUUUGGCUUGAAAAAGCGUUGCAAGAGAUUGGGAAGAAGGCGGCGGGACAUCAAGACUUGUUAAGGUGGAUCACAGCUCAGAUUGCAGAGUGCUACCAGAAGCAUGGGCAAUACCGCGCAGCAGCGACCCUCUAUGAACAUAACAUAGCCAAAAUUCACGGAACAGAGGGAUGGAACUACGACAGAUGCAUCUACUACUGUCCUCGUCUAGGAGCAUGCUACAAAAAGUUGGAGCAAUACUCCGAUGCCAUGGCACUUUACAAGCGGGCAAUGCAGGAAAUUCGGGACAUGAAAGGGCCUUGCCACUCAGCAAUUGGGCAAAUUCAAAACUGGAUUGAGUUGAUAUACGAUCAAACAUCUGAAGCAGAGAGCGAACCGGUUAGCGAUGAAGAUGGCGCUCAAUGA